UCUUUCUCUCUCCCACUCCCACUUUUCUCUCACAUCUGGAGGGUAUCUGGUGUGGCUGUGUGACUCCUCGCCUGCUAUGGGACAGCCUGUGUUUGGAUUGGACGUCAGACUUCAGUGCAUUUCAGCAAACAUUGUUCGGAAGGGCCCUUGCAGUUGGUGAAGACUGCAGCUUCAGACACUGCAGAGAGAAGGAGCAGAGAGCUGGCUGUCUUUUGUUGUUGGCCUGGAGAACUCAGCAGUGGACAUGGCUCCUCUCAAGCAUUCCAUCCUGCGUGCCCUGAGUGUGCUGCUCUUGGCCUGGGUUUUGGUGCAUGGCCAGGCGCCUCUUGAACCAGUGGAAGAGGAGGAGAUAGAGCCAAUAAAGGAGAUCGAUAUCGCAACAGUGAUGACGAAAUCUGAGCCAGUCCUGUGUCCGCAGGAGUGUAGCUGUACGGCGGAGGGGGCAGUGGACUGCGCUGGAGUCGACCUCACGGAGUUUCCCCCCGAGCUGUCUGAUGAAACCCGCCAGCUUUCUCUACAGAACAACAAAAUUGAGGAGAUAACAGUGGAGCACAUUUCCCAUCUGUAUCAGCUUGAGACACUCAACCUUCAGAACAACUGGCUUACCACAGAUGGCCUUCAAGAUGAAGGUUUUGAGAUGCUCGAACAGCUGGCUUAUUUAUACUUGGCAAAUAACAAGCUUACCUCAGCACCAAAGGUCCUACCACCCUCUUUGGUUAGCGCUGAUUUUGCUGCUAAUCAGCUUGUAAAGAUCUACCCAUAUACGUUUGGCCAUAAACCAAAACUGAGGUCUGUGUAUCUCCAUAACAACAAGCUGACUGACACAGGGCUUCCUGAUGACAUGUUCAAUGCUUCUGACAAUCUGGAGAUCCUCACCAUGUCCAGCAACUUCCUGCGGGUUGUACCCAAGAACCUGCCCUCCACCCUUUACCGUCUUCACCUAAAGAGUAACAAGUUGGAGAAAAUCCCAGCAGGGGCCUUUAACAACUUGCGAAACCUCAGAGAGCUGUAUCUCCAGAACAACCUCCUCAGCAAUGAGGGCAUGGACAAUGAGACAUUCAGCCAACUGAACAGCCUAGAGUGCCUGGACUUGUCAAAUAACAACCUGAGCAUCGUCCCCAAGGGUCUGCCUCGCAAUCUAAUCUUGCUACACCUGGAAAAGAACUCCAUCCGCAGCAUCCCUGGGGACGCUCUUACCCCUGUCCGAAACCUUGAGUACCUGCUCCUCCACAAUAACAAGCUCCGCUCACGUUCCAUCCACCCAGGUGCCUUCCAGGGUUUGAAGAAGCUGCAUACUCUACACAUGUACAACAAUUUGCUGGAGCGGGUUCCCAGGGGCUUGCCUCGACGGGCAAAGACCCUAAUGCUGCUCCACAACUCCAUUUCCGAAAUUGGCCGCAAUGACCUGGCCUUGCUGUACACCCUGACAGAGCUCAACCUUAGCUACAACAAGCUGACCACCCUGAAAGUGCACCGUGACGCCUUCAGGAAGCUGCGUGUAUUGGAAAAACUGGACCUGUCAGGUAACGGCCUUCACUCCAUGCCCCUGGGUCUUCCUCGCAGUCUGCAGGUGCUCGAAAUCAAGAACAACCAGCUCAGCUCCAUACCCGACGGUGCGCUGACGGGCAUGGACAAGCUAAGAAAACUCAUCCUCAGUGACAACCAGCUGAGACUGAACUCAAUCUACCAGGGAGCCUGGAUGGAGCUCAGUGCGCUCAAAACAUUAGAUCUGUCUGGCAACCAGCUGUCACACAUCCCCUCUGACCUACCCGAGUCUCUGGAAUACCUUCAUCUGCAAAGUAAUCGCAUUUCCACUGUUCCUGCAACAGCAUUUGAAGGCACUCCAAACAUCAAAGGCAUCUUCCUCCGGUUUAACCGCCUGUCUGUGGACUCUGUGGACGAGAGCUCUUUUGCAUACCUGUCCAAUUUGCAAGUGCUGGACAUCGGCACAGCAAACACCGACCUCGCCUUUAAAACAGACGCGAUGGAGGGCGAUAAGAUGAUGGAGGAGGAGCAGGAAAGAUAAGACUCGCUCAAAUAAACUGACAUUGGACUGGAUUGUGUCAAGGACAGAAAGGGCUUCUAAGUGGGAAUGAACCUGUGAAUGUCAUUUUCCGGGUCCAUUAUCAUAUUGUGCUGAAUGGCAGAGUCACAUAUUUCUGGUGCAGGAUACCGGAUGAAGUUACUUUAGUUUCCAUUUUAUGGGCUGGUUAGUUAUGCAUAUCUUUAUACCUGAGCUUUAAUAUUUGUUUUUGACUGUUGACAUGCAACAUCUAUCAUCUACAUUUUGUUUUUUUGCUUUAUUCUAAAAAAAUGUAUUUACAAACAUCAAUGUGAAUUUUCCCAUGUAAAUGUCUCUGAAUCUAUACCAAAAAUUUAAGCAGAGUGAAAAAGGCCAGGUGUUCACACUGUGUGCAUCUUUAUCUCUGCUUUAUGUUACUUUGUUAAUUGCUGCCUUGUCUCCCUGGCAAAAAAAGUGAUUUUACUAGAAAUACUGUGAAACAAUUUGUGUUGUUAACACCAAGGGUGGCAAGAUAGGCGGUCUGACUCCCACUGAAACCAAAAAGCCACAGUAACUGUUGAAUGAAACACUGCAACACUUAAA